UAAAAAAUAAAAAAAACUCGAAUAUAUAAAUUUUUGAAAAUCUAAAAAAAAUACUUAAAACGCGUAAAAUCAAAUAAAAUAUUUAAAAAAUACUUAAUUCGAAAAAGACGAUUUCGAAACAAGUACUAAAAUUUAAUUUAAUAACAAAAUCGAAAAGAAAAAUUAAUAAAAAACAAUAAAUUCUAAUAAAAACACAACAACAAUUUAUAUAAUUUUUAUUAUAAAAAUUAAAAUAAGUGCCACUGCAAGCAAAUCCCCAAAACCCCCCCCCCCCAAAUGUUAAGAAAGUGAAAUUUCACGCACGCAUACAUACAGAAAUAAGAAAAAGUGCAAAUAAGUAAAUAUUCAAGUGUAUUCUUAACACCGGUCUUUAAAUAAUCAAGCGACAAUAUUUUCAUCAUCAACUACAACAACAACAACAGCAACACAAUGGGUACCAAAUCGCCUGGUGGACCGCAACGUUGUCGGCUGAUAUUACAACGCUGUCUCGCCAUACAGCUGAGCAAGCCCGGUCAUACCCCCGAGGACUUUUGGAUGUACGAUUCGGGUUAUAUGAUCUUUCAGAAUUUUCUCGCCGCCAAUGCGCAAUGUUGGUGGAAUGCUCCACUCACCGCUGCAACACGUGCGCUCAAAUAUGCCGGUCAUGUGGCGCCCGGCAUGCUACUGGUGACAGCCGAACCAUGCGCACUGGAAGUGCUACGCGGCGCCUAUGCGCGUAGUGUGCUGAAACCACCGGCGACUUAUGUCAUCAGCUCAGUCGGUGACAUCGAUGACUGCAUCGUAACACCGACUGUACAAGGACAAUUCACCCCACUGCCUGAGGCGCUCUGUGAUGUCAUUAUGGACCUAACCGCAGAGGGUCAUUCGGCCACCAUUGAGAAUGUGCGCAUCAAACUGAGCAUACGAUUUCCGCAUAUGACACCACCAGCCACCGAAGUUAUCUACGAUACGCUGGCACAACUGAUGCAGGAACAGAAAAUCUAUCAAACCGCAAAGGGUUACUUCAUCUUCACGCCAGAACGUCGCCGCAGUCGUUCGAGACCGCGUAUUAUGCGCAAUGGCUAUCAAGAUUUUGAAGAAACCGAUGAAUUACCUCAGGAGGCGCGCACAAUGCUUAUGACCAAUGCGGAGGCGCUACAUUCAUUGUACGGUGAAAUCUCCACAGAACGCGAUGGCGAUCUAACGCAUCAAUGCAUACAAACUAAUUUGGCCGAUGUCAUUUGCGGCGGUAAUCCAAAUGACAAAAUACUUUAUCCGCGCGCCGCCAAAAGACGCAGCGCCUCAUUCCCAACACCGCGCAGCCUGGAAAGGCGGCAUAGUCUGCGCUUAUUUGGCUCCUCCAAGCGUCUCCAACGUUGCGCAUCAACACGAAGCCUCUCAAAGACAUACGCACAAACUUUAGCCACGGACAGUAGCAGUUCGGAGUACCAAAGCACAGAUUCUUCGUCACCAAAAAAGGGAUCUUUGCUAUCGCGUCUCUUCCGACGUAGCGGACGCGCCAAACAACGUCAAAUCGAAACAUAUUCAGCCCAGUUCCCACCUGCCGAGUGGUUCAACUCUCGUGCAGUGCAUUUACAUAGUGUCGGCACGCAAACAGCCGAUCAUGACAUGCCGGUGGCGCAUACGCUUUCCAAUUCCACAUUCUACGAUGGUUCGGAGUUAAGUCAACGUUCACUCACACUGCCACGCCGACAUCGACGACACAUGUCCAGCGACUCGACCUUCCUUAUAUCGUCGCGCGAUUGUUCGCCCAUACGACGACGUUCGCCAGUCUACUGCAGCAGUUCACUGCCACGCUCCACACAAUCCAUACCGGCCACAGCGAGCGGUGCAACAACGAACAUGACCACCGCACCGACGACAGCGAGCAAAACGAAUCACUCCACCGCGACACUGUCACGCCUCUCGGCGCCAAAUCACACAACAACAGCCAGUGCUGUUGCCGCCGCAGUGGCAGCGAACGCACAAAAAUCUUCCUCAAAGAGUGUUAUCGGCAAACACAUAUUCGAACAGUCGCCUUCGCGCACAAGUGCCAGCAUUAAAGCGCCAGCGACGAAGCGUCAAUCAGAUAACAUAAUAAUUAACGGUUAUGCCAGCAAUUUGGAUAGCGGUAAGGUGUGCUAUCGCAGCGUACAGAGCGGUCCGUCUAGUUUGGAAUCGGGCAAAGCCUCAUCCAUGCUUACCUCGGGACCGUCGAGCAUCGAUAGCGGUAAGGUGUCAUUCAGCAAAACCAGUGGUCAUUCUAGUCUCGACUCGCAAUGUUCGACCAACACAGCGGUGGUGCAACCAAGUCCAGCGCGGUCGAUACUCGUCUUGAAUGGUUCGCCGCGCGGCACACCGCGUCAUCAGGCAAUGCGUGCACGCGCCGCCGAACAGACGCAACGACAACGCGCCUCGACGCCAUCGCGUAUACUCGAGGAAAUCACGAAUCAGCAAAAACCAACGCCGGGCCGUCCAAUGAGUAAUGCAGGUGGACAAUCCUAUUACAAUAGCAUACCGAAUUCGAAUUCGAACAAUUCGAUCACACUGCAGGUCACCACCUCCAAUGGCAGUCAAAGUAGUAUACCAAGCACGAAGAUUUUUGUGCAGAAUUCACCAGCGCGUAGCGUUAUAACGUUGGAGAAUGGCAAGCUGAUGGAGAAUUCUAAUGUCUACAUCAUCAAUAAUGAGACGACAACCAACGAGAAGGGUGAAAUCAUUAAGAAGACGCUCUCGAAGCAGGAAACUACGCCAAUGAGAAAUCAGCAGCAACAAAAAGAACAGAAACGGAAUUACGCACAGGCGCAUGCGCAAACGCAUAGCCAAACGAAGUCAAUGCAACAGCAGCAGCAACAACAACAACAGCAGGCGACAAAUAUACAACAAAUUUACAAAGACAAUUCGAUAAGCGAGAACGAGGCGAACUCCGAGACUUGCGACUCCAUCUCUUUCAUUAGCGAAACCUCACCGGAUAAUCUGGACACGCUGAGCUCCACGGAGGUGAUCGACAACUCGAAAUUCACGAAGAAUAUCAACAACGAUGCCACAAUGAAUAACAGCCGUAAACUCUGCUUACAAUUGCCGCAACACGGCUCCAGCCAGAUUGUCUACAAAAACAAUGUGCUGAAAAACGAAUCGAAUCCGAACUCGCCCAGCGGUGAGAAGACACUCGCCAUGGCGGCGCUAGCAGCCAAACAAGAUUUUGAAAUCGCCGGUUCGGUUGGUAAUCUACGUUUCUACGAGAAGAACACCAAGGAGACAACACACGCGAAAUUGAUGAACUCACAUUGUGAUUUGAAGAAUCUAAAUCGUUACGAGUCUUCGGGCAAUCUGCAAAAGACCGGCAAUAUACUGCAAUCCAAUCCGGCCAUUAAUAGUGACGACCUGGCGCAUAUAUUGCAAAAAAACAUAAUCGCCGUUGGCAGCGAACCGAACUUAGCUUUAAAGGACAAUAACUGCAGCAACACAAGUGACAAAUCCGUCGAAAAGGAGGCGCUUGAUCGGCGCUUCAGCUUGUCGAAAGAUCCCAAUGGACCGGUCAGCGCACCAGCAACCGGCAAUGAAGACCUCUACAAUUUCCCGAGUCUAACGGAUUUGUCCUUUAAUUUUACCUCAUUGGCGGCGCAGAAAAUACUACAGGGUGUUAGCCUGAACAGCAUCGAUACGUUGGUGGAGCUAAAUAUGGCGGCUGCCGCGGCGGCGAAUAAGGAGAAACAGCAGAAUAAUCAACCGACGCCGGUGUGCACCGACUAUGGCAUGGUGUAGCAGUUGGAGCGAUAGAUAGACUCAACGAAAUGCAAUGAGACAAUUGCGUCAGCGCGAUGAAAUGAGCUUAGGUCAAUUGAGUGUGUUAUGUCGGUGGCUUUAUGGGGCAGUGUAGUGGGCGCGCAUGGUCAGUAGGAUGAGACGCACAACUUCAACUAACUAAAGUAACACAAUUAAACAUAUACUAAGAACUAAAAUUUAAAACGAAAUAUUUACUACUCGCAUAUUAGAUAGGAUUCGUGAAUACGAGUAGUUACUAUUCUUAGUCGUAUCGUAGAUUCUUGCUCUCCGAUUGGUAAAGUGGCACUUGUUGAGUUAGUGUAUGUGGGAUUUAUUAAUCCAUUUUUCUUUAUUUUCUAACCUCAAAAAAAACGUACAGUAAUAAGCCUAAAUCUUUAAAAUAUUAUCAAGUGAUCUUUGAGCCAUUCAAGGUCAAAGUGAAAACCAUAAAAAACCUUCUUCAGAACGAGAUUUUGUUAUCGAAAAUCUUUUUCAGUAGAUAUCAAGAUAUUUAUUUCUGGAACUGAGCUAGUCCACAAGAUAUGUUUCAUUGGAUCAGAGAUUAAAAUACUUAAAUUGUUCAUCAAAUUGAAUAUACAUAUAAUAUAUAAUAUUUUAUUAAAAUCUAUCUUGGAAAAGGAUUCAUAUAAAAGCUCUGCCAGCCAGCGUUGCCACUUUUUCAACAUUUGUCACUUUAACAAAAUCAAAUAAAUUAAAAAUAUUUAUAAUGAAUGCGGUUCUUAAAAAACAGAAAUCAAAAAUUUGUUGGAAGAAAUUUACAUAAAACUAUUAAUUAGUAUUUCUCCUAAAUGUAUACUCGCCUACAGCGUCGAUGAAUAGUAAACUUUAGACUGUUUUGUAACGUAUAACAAUAUUGAGCACUAACCAAAUACAUACAUACAUACAUAUAUAGUAUAUUAUGGGAACAACAAAGACAAGUAAGAAAUUAUAGUUGUAUGUAGCUGAACGAAAAUAUGAAUAAAAUAAACCAAUAAUUAUAAUU